GCACAGGCACCAGAGGAGUCUCGGAACAAGAUCCUCACAGUGACGUCUGCUCUGUCCAGGGGAGAAAGGGCUCGUUGAAGCAGGUAGAUGAUGACGUUGCGCGCAGACGGAGCCUCCAUGUUGCUCGACCUGUUGGAUGAAAGCGGCGGAGUGUGUCCUGCAGACAUCCAGCAGCUGUUGGUGAGGAAAGAGGAGCAACGGGAGUGGAGCCACGGUCUGGACCAGGAGGACCCACCAGAGUCCUCACACAUUAAAGAGGAACAGGAGCAGGUCUGGACCGGUCAGGAGGGAAAGCAGCUUCAAGGGCUGGAGGAGGCCGAUAUCACCAAAUUCCCGUUCCUUCCUGUCCCCGUGAAGAGCGAAGACGACGAUGAAGAGAAACCUCAGAUCUCACAGCUUCAUCAGAGUCAGACUGAGAAGGACAGAGAGGCAGAACCUCCAGCCAGCAGCUCCGCUGAACAGAUGGAGACUGAAGCUGAUGGAGAGGACUGUGGAGGACCAGAACCAGCCAGGAACUUGGAUCCAGACAGACAUUUGUAACCAGAUACUGAGGACAAUAAAUUAGACUGUUCUGAACCUGAUACUGAUGACAGUGAAGACUGGAAGGAGACCAGGGAACCUCAGUCAGGUUCAAAUACUCUGAAAAAUCACAAAGUCCCUGUACGUGAUAUGAGAUGUAGUUCUGGCAAGAAAUCGUUUAGCUGCGCUGAGUGUGGUAAAAGAUUCAGCCAAAACGGAAGCCUGACCAUACACAGGAGAAUCCACACAGGAGAGAAACCUUUUAGAUGCUCGGUUUGUGCCAAGACAUUUGGCCAGAAAGUUCAUCUGCAGAACCACUUGAGAGAUCACACAGGAGAAAAACCUUACCGCUGCUCAGUCUGUAAGAAAUGUUUUUCACGCUGUGGACAUGUACAGAUACACAUGAGACUCCACACGGGGGAGAAACCGUUCAGCUGCAGCAUUUGUGAUCAAAGAUUCACUUGGCUUUACCAGCUGAAAAACCACAGGUGUGUUGGUGGGUCCUCGCAUCUUCAUCAGAGUGAAAGUGAGGAGAAGAGACUGUGGAGGAUCAGAGCUAGCCAAGAAAUGACAUUCAGAUAGUCUGAAGUCACACGGACGACCCGUCCCUCGUUCAUUGGCCAGUUCUGGUGCCGUCGACCCGUUUCUGACCCUGAUGUCCUUAAUCGGGUCGAAAUUAGCAGGAGAAUCCACACAAAAAAAGUCAGUUUGCGGUGAAGGUUUUUUCCUGCAUCACGAUUGUCAUUCAGGAGAAAAGACUUUUUAUCGGCUCGGUUUGCACGACGCGUUUUAGCUGUAGAUACGCUUUUAUAGAAAGGUAGUAAUCAGAGAGAGAGGCUGUUGUGGUCCUGCUCAGAGUGUAAUGGAGUGGUGGCUGGUGAUUAUUAACCUGGGGGGGCUACAGGCAGUGUCACUGUCGUUAAGCUUGGACUCCAACAACACUCCUGCAUUUACUCAACAAAUGGAUCAGAAAGCAAAAGCACUCAGACCAGAGACCUAACUCACCAAAACACAAGUAAACUCGGACUUGAAAAAACAAGUGAGUUUCUGUUUAAACCUUUCAGUUAAUCAUAAAUGCUGAGUGUAGAUUCAUUCCCGCUUUUCAUAAACAUAAUGAAAUGUUUUCUUGACUCGGUCUCGUCUUCAGCAUCUCCGCUGAACAUACGACGCCUGCUGCGUCUGUUUAGCCUGCAGGUGGCUUGAACAGGAAGACGUUCAAUAAAGCCGGAGCUCCAAGCCGUGCAGCGUGUCCUUCGUACUGACGACACAAGUUUUAGACUUAAUUCGAUUCUUUAUUCAGUGAAUGAGUGGAACAGAGCGGCUGAACGUCUCUGAAUCUCUAACAGGAAGAUAAAGUUAUUGAUAGACAGAUGCCCUGCGGGAGCUUCUGAUUGGCUGCUCAUGAAUCCUGCUGUUUGAUUGGUUCUUUUUACACCCACUGACUGGUAUUGGACGGAGGCCAGGAGGAGGCUUGUGUUGACCUAAAGCGUAUUGCAUGACUUGGACGGACUCAUCUUAACCGUUAAACUUCAUCUGAUGUCAUAUUAAAACAAAUGAAUAAUAAAUGAUUGAGCUCGCUGCCUCUGAAUUCUGUCGACCAACUGUCACCGGUGUAAUGAAUGAAUUUUUGUGUUAAUGACCCUGAAACUUUUUCUCUUUCUGCAGAUCAGAUGCAGAAGUUAGAAUAUUGUUACUCCAACGUUGUGAUAGCAGGUUAAUUCCGUCUCCAUGAAUGUAGAAAAACAAAUACUCAGAUUUCUGAAAUGUUUUUUAGAUUUUUGCCAAAUUAGGGCUGAGAAACAACGACGACGACGACAGCUCAGCUCAUAAGCAGCUUCUAAGCAACUGAAAAGCUACUAAGUGGACCUUAAGUUUUUAUUUCAACGUCAAGCAUCAACAUUCAAACAAUUUUUUUUUCUGAAUAAUUAAAUAUUUAACAUCGAAUCAACAGAUCAACUUACAAUCUCCCGUCAGGAGUCUGUCAGAGCACAAACCUGCGUUCUGUAACAUGGUAACAAUGCCCCCC